UACCUAUAGAGACAGGAUGAACUUUGACUUGACAUGUCAGCUAAGAGAGAUAGCAGCUGGUCUUCAAUACUUGCACAGCAAGGAUAUUUACAGUGACCUAACCCCAGUGGGUUGAUUUCGCCGACAUAGUACUUCGCGGAGGAAUGACGAUUCUAUAUUUUAGGCCGACAUCCUGAUUGACGGUGACGGAAAGCCUUGUCUUCGGGGCUUUAGCACCUGGAUGGUCAUUGCAGAUUCAGGGGCCACUACAUUUCAAUCUGAAUGCCAAGAGAGACACCGAUGGAUGGCACCCGAAAGGCUUCAUAUUAAGGGAGAGGAUCAGCCAACCAAAACUGCCGAAGUGUACUCAUAUGGUUGUAUUAUGAUUAUGCUGUUUUCUGGGGACAAACCGUAUCAUAGUAUACCGAAUGCUAAGAUCAUCGCCGCAAGGUUCAAGGGUCGAGAACCCUUCAGUAAAAUCACUGGUUUUGAGGAAGACCUCAAAAAAUGGGCACAAAAAUGCUUAUCUAACAGCAGCGAGCGCCCGUCGGCUUCGGACAUUGCGGAGUUAUUCAAGUCGAGGUCAAAUAUUUCAAAGACGAUGAUGGACUUGUUGUCGAAACUUGGAGUGAAUCAAAUCCCCAAAGCCGCCCUCUCGAUCUGUGCCAGCGACGAUCGGGGCAGCAUUAGUGGGACUUUGAAAUACAACUGGUUGCAUGGGUCGGACGCCACUGUGGUUGCGGUGAAGACUUUGGACGUUGGUGAUCUAAAUGACAUUGAUAUUGAUAAGACAUGCGAUAUGAUUCGUCGCGAGGUCUACGUUCGGGAAAGGUUGAAGCACGAGACCAUCCUUAAUCUCUAUGGAAUGACGACGGGUUUCGGAAUUCUUCCCUCCUUCGUGUAUCCAUGGAUGGUGCAUGGAUCAUUACACGACUAUUUGAAACGAGAUUUCUCCACAUUGUACCCACUUCAGAAGUUCGGUAUUCUGUAUCAGGUGGCGGACGGGAUCAGAUAUCUGCACGAGAACGAUAUUGUGCAUUGCAAUCUGACGGGUGUACGCUUCUGCUGGCAUGCUUACUAAAUAUAAAACACACAUCUCAUUCUUCCUAGGAUAACGUGCUUCUCGAUGAUGCGGGGCGUAUACGCAUCGCAGACUUCAGUCGCUCCGUGAUCCUUGACGACGCUGGAGAUCGGGAUUU